CAUUUUUAAAUAAUAUGUGACGGUUGAGUGGUAGGAGAGCCAGCGAAUUAUUGGUGUUUUGUAGUUACGUCGGUUUAUUAUAUGAUAUUACCGCGCUUCCCACUUGUCUCAGGAGACAUGCACAAUAUCAUCCUUAGAGGGCUGAAGACAUACACCUGCAGCUUCUGAAUGAUCAUUGUUCUGUGCUUUGUUAAGGUUGCACAUUAAUAAGGAAAGAUCAUGCUCCCUCAAAUCAGUGGAAGCGCUGGUGUCUCUUCCGAAGACGCGGAGCUACUGGAACUUAUGGAAGAUGAAAGAAAGAGAUGUGGGAUUUACAAGACCCACUACCUAACUUUAAAGGAAGAAAAUAUACGAUUGCAGAAUCACCAUGCAAGAUCACAACAGGAAUACAAGCGAGAUUUAGCUGAGAAGCAGCAUACAAUUGAGAAAUUCCAGCUACUGUUCACAGAGCUGCGGGAAGAACUAGUAAAGAAAACAACAGAAGUGGAAGAGCUUAAACUACAGGUACCUUCCCCUCAGAAAAUAGAACAUAUGAAAAUACAGAUUCAAAAAGAUAUAGAAGCUCCAAUGAAGGAACAAUUACAAAAACUGGAAGACGAUGUUGAAAGGUAUAAAGGAGAUUACAACAAACUCCGAUAUGAAUACACUCUUUUGAAAUCACAUUUUCAACAUGAAUUGGAUCAGCGUACACGCAUGUCAGAAGAGCAAAAGUUGAAAUAUGAAACAGAGAUCUCGGAGCUAGAAAGGGAUAAAGAAGAGCUGUAUAAUCAAAUGAUGACUGUUGAUCCCAAAAGAGACAGCAGUCGUGUGGAAGUCCUCCUCAGGGACAAAGCCCAUCUAUGUCAAAAAUUAAAAGAUUUAGAAGCUGAGGUGAAAGAGUUGCGAGCAGAGAAAGAACAUCAUGCUACCCAGGCAGAAAGUGUUCAAAGGACACAGGCUCAACAGAUGAUUGACACGCAGGCAUCAAUGAGGUCUCUGGAGUCUGAAAAGCAGUCAUUGAAACUGCAGAAGGAGCGUUUAGAGAAAGAGCUGCACCUGGCAGCAGAACAAAAUAUAGCUCUCACAACCAAGCUACACAAGGCAGAGCGUGAGGUUACCAAUCUAGCUAGCAAGGUUGAUGAGCUUAAACAGUCCCACAAAAUUGAAACUGAUAACAUUAAACUAGAAGCGGCAAAAUCAAAGAAUGAAGCGGAGAGAGAUCGGGACAAGAUCCAAAAUCAGUUAGAUGCAGUGGGAACUGAAAAUACAAUCUUAAAAGCGACGUUGGAACGUCAUAAAGAAUUAUUGGCUGAAAAAGAGCGAGAGUUAGUACGCAAAGUUCAGGCUGCCAAAGAAGCCGGCUUUCAGCAAGUUGGAGCACUCCAGGAUGAAAGAUUGGAGUUGGAAAACCGAAUUGCAGAAAUUGAGAAAUACAAAGCGGAACAAGAUGAAAAAUGGCAGUCUGAAAUUAGUCAUCUUGAAGAAAAUAUACGCGUUGCUCGAAACGCGGAGGAGUCCGCUAAAAGGGAACUUCAGAAUCUGAGGUCAAAUAUUCAACAACAAAUAGUUUUAAUUGAGCAGCUGCAAAAAGAAAAAUGUGACCAAGAAGAACUUAAACAGGAAAUGAAUGACUUGAAAAUACAAAUAAGUUCUGUUUCUGAGUCUGAAAAUAACCUGCUGCGAGCUAAUGAAAAGCUCCGGGAAACGGUGGAUUCUUUAAGGCAGGAGAUUCGAAACACCAGGGGCCACGCAGAAAGGGUCCAGAAAGAAGCAGAAAAAGAAUUAGAGGAGAACCGUAUAGAUUGGCUAGAGGAAAAGCACAAUCUACAAGACAAACUUUCUCAGUUGCAAGAAAAGUAUAAUCACCUGAAGGAAAAACUGCAGAGAGCUUCUUUCGCCCAGAAGAAGCGAAAAGCCAUAAAUGAAAGAAGGUGCAGACAAUAUGAAGAAAAAAUUGAACUUUUAGAGGCAACAAAAGAAGAACUUGAGGCAAAAAUCAACCUAUUAAAUCAGCAAAAUGUUCCUCGUGAAGAAUAUGGGAGACUUAAGAAACAGCUGAAGGAUCUGCAACGCAGACACAACGAAUUUCGAAGUUUAAUGUUAGAUCCCAAUAUACCAGUAUCGGGAAUGACAUCUUCAGCACUACUUGGAGCAGACUUUCCUACCCACAGUAUCCAGGAGGAGCAGCAUCAAAGAGACUUGUCCUUGAUUCGCAAGCGACUGGAUGAAUUGGAAAGUGAACAACAAAAACAACUAGAAGAACUUGGUCCUCCUGUACAACAUGACGGUCUUGCCAACAUUGUUUCAGAGUCGUAGUGUAGAUGCUAUGUUCCAGAUUCAAUGAGCUGUUCUAAAACCUAGAUCACACUUUAAAUUCAUAUUUGCCAUUAAGCUACUUGAGCACAAAUCUUAGUGCACAAAGCCA